AAAUAACAGUGUUCGUUCCAACAUGUGAAAAUGUCAAGUACCUGCCGUGGACAGUUCCAUCAAUUCCAAGUCUAGCAUAGGUUGUCGCAGGAUUUUGCUUAUUCAAUAUUGUGUAAGAUUCUGUAGCACUACUUGGAAAUAUGGUAAAAUUUGAAUAUAAUCAAGUUGUAUAAGAGCAGUGUUUGUAGCUCUGUAUGUGUCAUGGAAAUUUGAUAACAUUAUUCAGCAUUAUACAAAAAGAUGACAUAAAAUCGAUUGUGAUUAUGGUACGGUAGUUAAAAAAAACAACCUAGCAUCGAUUGGACAACUUUUAUGAUGUAAAAUAUUAAUAAAUAAUAAUAUAGAUGAUAGCAUCAUAAUCAAUAGUUUUCUAGUUUAGUGAUACAUGUUCCAGUUGAUCAGAAGAAGUUUGACUGUAUUGUACUUCAGUGUUAUUGACUGUUAAAGAUUUGUUGUGGUUUUAGUUUUUAAAUUGACUUCAAUGGCUUCAUGGGCAAAAUCUUCACCAACUCCUCGUGAUGCUCCUAGAUUUAACCCAAAUCAAGGAGGUCGUGGGGUUGGUGUGAAAUCUAAAUCAGAUGGUAUACCACCUUCAAGGUUAGCAUUUAAAGCGAGACCAUCUGAUAAACUCAAUCCUAAAACAUUUGAUCCUUUUAAAAAUUCACAGAAACAUUUAUCACCAUUUGCUAAUUUGUAUGCAAAUGGUGGAGUUCCUUGCAGAUUAUUUCAUGGUAGCGUAAAACACAGAUUACAGUGGGAUAUACAACCAGAACAAGUUCCCUUUAAUCCUAUACUAGUGGCUUUAGCUGAUGGAUUACGUGAAACGGUUCACCCAUACAUGUUUAUAGCUGAAACUGGUUUUAAAGAAUUGUUAGAAGUACAGAAUGCAGAUGAGAAAACACUUCCUCUUUUACCUAGAUUAGCUCCACCCCUUCGAGCUGCUUUGGGUCAUGAUAAUAUGAGUGUGUUUGAAAGAGGUUUAGCUGCCACGAUACAACUAAGUGAUGUAGUUGGUCCAGCAUUAACACCACACCUUAAAGUUCUUCUUAUGCCGUUAGCUAAGAGAAUGAUGGACAAGAAAUAUAAAGAAAGAAUAACGGAAUGUUUACAACAUUUAGAACAAAAUUGUGGACGGGAUGCCUUACCAAUUAUUAAAUCAAAAGUUCCAACUUAUUCUUCCAUAUAUGGAUGAAAGAUGUAACAAUGAUUGAAGAAGGAAAAUUGAUUCUCAGCAAUAUCAUGUGACCACACACAGCAUGUAGAUCUCACAAACUUUAGAAUAUUUUUAUUCUGUUUAUAUUAUUAACAGUAGUGCAUCUAUAUACAUAGAGUUAGAACUAGUCUUUCUACAGUAAAACCUGCCUGAUCUGACCAGUCAAUGUUAGCUGUUAACUUUAAACCUGGGAAACUGACCACAAAUUCAAAUCAACAGAUUUCUGAAAGCAUUCACCCAGCAUUCAUUAGAAACAGACAGAUCCAUUACGAAACAAACCAUGCUCAAUCCGUCCUUGCUAAAAUACAAAAAGUUGCAGAGUUAUCGAUGUGAAUGCUGCACUGAACAUAAGCGUACAUUACCAUACCAGACUUUAAGGUGUAUUCAAAGAGUCAUUUCAAACAUUUUCAAAUGAUGUAUGCCUUUACAUUAAUAUGAAGACUACUCUAUAUGUCACAUGACCAGUUCUCUGAAUGCGACAUGACCAGUUCUCUGAAUGCGAUAUGACCAGUUCUCUGAAUGUCACAUGACCACUACUUUGGAUGUCACAUGACCACUUGUUUAGAUGUUACAUGACCACAACUUUAGAUGUCACAUGACCACAACUUUAGAUGUCACAUGACCACAACUUUAGAUGUCACAUGACCACUACUUUAAUGUCACAAUUUAUAUGAAUAUAUUUUUAUACUUCAUUCAUUUUUUGCACCUAGAUUUAUGAGAUAAUUAAUUGAAUGAUUAUGAUCUUAUAUUAUACACCUGACACUUCCUAAUAUAUCCGACUCCAAGAGAAGCAUGCAUUACAACUUAUUUUAUUACUUUAUAUUUCUAUUAUUAUAUUGACAACGAAUCAUUAAGAAAAACUUAAGUAACAUUAAUCAAUUGGAAUUCCAGUAUACAAAGUAUUAAGGGCCUAUACUCUGCACUUAUGUUGUAGCUAAAACAUAAUUAAAAUAUCUUGAAUGUUGUAUUAUUAAUAAUAGCAUUUAAUUAUUUGACAUUAAUCAAUUAGAAUUCCAGUCAGUAUACAAAGUAUUAAGGGUCUAUACUCUGCUUAUUGUAGCUAAAAACAUAAGUAAAGUAUUUAGAUAUUUGACAUUAAUCAAUUUGAAUUCCAGCCAGUAUACAAAGUAUUAAGGGUCUACACUCUGCACUUUUGUUGUAGCUCAAACAAUUAAAACAUCUUAAUGUUGCAUUAUUAAUGAUAGUAUUUAAAUCUUUGGUUAUGUAGAAAUUUGAAUAUUGUAUUAUUAAUAUGAUAGCAUUUAGAUAAGUAAUUAUGUAGCAAUUUAAAAGCUUAUACAUGUAGUUGUUGUUGUU